AUGCCUACCGGCAUCAGCAAGCGCCAGCAGGCGCGGAAUGAAAAGACCCUGGCGGAGCUGAUCCGGACCGUUCCUGGCAAUGACCGAUGUGCCGAUUGCGAUGCCUUAACCCCAGGAUGGGCAAGCUGGAAUAUGGGCAUCUUCCUUUGCAUGCGUUGCGCCGCACUCCACCGAAAGCUGGGCACACAUAUUUCCAAGAUUAAAUCUUUAAGCAUGGACACCUGGACAUCAGAGCAAGUUGAUAACAUGAAAUCGCACGGUAACAUCCUUAUGAACAAAAUGAACAACCCACGGGGUAUCAGGCCACCAAUCCCCACCGACAUUGAUGAGGCCGAUGCAUGCAUGGAACGGUUUAUCCGGCAGAAGUAUCAGCACCGCUCGUUGGAAAAUGGGAAGCCAAAGCCCCCGAGCAGGGAGGAUUCGAGUUACUCCAACCCUAGGGCUCUAUCCCCCGUGGAGUCAAGAAAGAAUGACUAUAACAUAUCUCCAGAGGGUUCUCCUCCUCCACCUCCGCCCAAGACUGGAAGAUUCUUCAAGUUUGGUUUACGGUCGUCAACCUCUGCCUCGAACCUCCGUCGAUUUGGUGGCAAGUCCAAGAUGACUUCGCCGACCUCGGACGACAGAGCCUGGUCACCACCGCCACUGCCAUCUAGGAGGACGACAGGGCUUGGUGCGCCUGUCACCGAUAUGACAAAGGCAUCUCUCGAGUCUAAAAUGGCGGCAUUGCAGGAGAUGGGAUUCACCAAUGACCGACGAAACGAGAUGGUUCUCAAGGGACUCCAUGAGGACCUGGAUCGAGCGGUCGAAACACUGGUCAGGUUGGGCGAGGGGAACAACAACCCUGCAUCAAGAUCCAGGACUCCGGUCGGGACCAGCACUGCUGCAUCUGCACGCAUAGUAAUCUCGAAGCCUGAGACGUCUAAAAACCCAUUCCCCAUCAAAACCGACAACACAUUCCCUGAGGUUUCCAACAAUCCAUUUGACCGGGCAGUCUCAAAUCCUGUGCCUCAGUCGCAAACCCAGCAACUGCAGACCGCUUCGUACAACCCAUUCGAUCAGCUAAACCCGAAGCCGGCAUCUACACAGCCUUUAGAAUCAUCUUUCCAGGGCCUGCAGGUUUCCCAGCCCUUGUUCCCCCACUCUACUGGUGGAUACCCGAACCAGACAAGCUCCAUGCAGCACUCUAUAUAUCAACAGUCCUAUACGCCCCCGAUAACAUCGACAUUCUCGCAGUCUCCCUAUGUUACAUCGCCUCAGCCGAUGGACAACAGCUACAAUCCAUUCAACCAGGCAACCCCGCAGCCGCAGGGUGGCUUGGCCAGUCAGACAUAUCCCAACCCCAAUUCGCCGCAAACGAACCCUUUCUUCAACACUGCGCCGCAAAAUCAACCCAUGCAGCCGCAACAGCAGCAAAUGACACCGUUUGGAACGAACCCAGGAGGCCCCGGAUUCCCUCACCAUGCAAAUACCAUGCCGGUCAUGUCCUCCGCCUCGUUAUUUGGACCAACUGCUUCUUUCCAACAGCAGCAGCAGCAGCAGCCGCAACAGCAGCAGCAGCAGCAGCAGCAGCAGCAACAACAAUCAAAUGGUCCGGGAGCUUACAACCCAUUCCAGCAAGGGCUGGCGCCGAACACAGCACAUAACGCAGGCGGCUAUCCCAACCAACUCCAGCAGGCACAGCAGCUCAUGCCCCAGCCCACUGGAAUGGACAAAAACAGCAUUCUUUCAUUGUACAAUAUGGGUCCUGUGCAGUCUAAUAUGACAUCCAUCCCGGAGCAACCUCAGCAACAUCAACAACCGCAGCAACAACAGCAAAACCAACAACCCCAGCAAAACCAACAAUACCAACAACCGCAGCAACAACAACAGCAGCAGCCCCAACUCCCCACGAUGAACCCCUACUCUCAACCAUCAAACCCAUACACCUCCAUGCCUCAGGCCCAGCAAGCCACAAAUUUCCAGCCUCAGCAACCUACCACCAACGCCCAGGCCGCCACCAACAACCCAUUCUUUGGCACCGCCCCCACAGGAAGCGGAUCCGGCCUUGCUGCGCAAGCAGGCAUCAACCCAUAUCAGCAGCAAUCCUCAGGGCUUGGAAUUGGGGGCAUGAACGGCCAACCCGGGGGCGGAACCGCGUCCGGAACUACUCCGGCCUUGGGAACGAACAACUCCCCAUUUUCGGGAAUGAGCAGUCCCCCCUUUGCUGGAGCGAACAGCUCUCCAUUUGCUGGAGGCCAGUCCCCCUUUUCAGGCCCGCCGCCCACGAACUCGGCGUUUCAACGGUCACACAUGAGUCAGCCAAGCGUUGAUGUGAGCGGGCUGCAGAAUGGUCGCCAUAGCCCUGAUGCAUUUGCUAGUCUGAGUGCUCGCUAUGGUUGA